CAGUGUUUGGCGAUCUGGUCGUCAGGACAGCCAAACACUCGUUCUCGACUUGAAGAAUGGUAUGAACUUGAAGAUAGCCUUGGCGAGUCGCAUAGCAAGAGUCACUGCUGCCACACUGCCUCGCCACGAAGGUCGCUGCUCGGUCAAAUCCAGUGUCUGGAAGAUGGCGAAGGAACAACUGCUUUCAUGGGUUCCGAACUCAUGUCACGGACUACAUGGGUUCCAAACACAGGGUUUUUCAGGCCAUCGGCAUUUUACAUUGAAGCGUGCUUGCCGGAACUUAUCUGA